UAACUAAAUUAUGGGUUUGAUAAAAUAUAUAUAUAUGGAGUUCUCAAACUAUACAAACGAUAUCCUAGAGAGUGUGUUGUUACCGUUGACCCAAACCAGACAUGUUGUUGGAGAUGGAUUUUACACCUCCACCAAUAUCCGGCAUAGUUUCAAAAAGGCCCGUGAAAUUAGGACAUCCGAGACAAGACGAGGAAGACACGACUCGCUAAAAGAUAAAUUCUGACGAAGAAAGUGACGUUAUGAACUCAACUCCAUACUUGAGGGAAUCGUGCAUGAUCAAUUGAUGCAAUUUGACGACGUUUAAUGUUUUGGAACGAGGCGAAUUGCAUUCGUGUCGCAUGAAAUAUAUGACCUCCCCUGACAUGAGUCUGAAUCCAAAGAUAAAGUUUCCUUACAAUAAUACUUAACGAGUGUUUUAUUUUUAUAUAAUAGACAAAUAUGAGAAAAAAUAUAUUAGAUACUUUCUAGCCAUGGUUUUCUCUCUUAAUUUUCGAAAAAAUUACGGUGGUUAGGGAAGAUAUUUCAUUUUUAAAAAGUGGUAUUAAAUUUGAGAUGAAGUUAGAAUGUUUUCCUCAUUUUUUGUGUGUGUGAAUUGCGAUUAUAUUCAUUUUUACUUUUCUUGUAUACAUCUGUAUCAGAUAGUAAACCAAUUUUUAUUCGGUAUGUUUAACGGUUAACUAUAUUGUUUGAAUUACAAUUCAGUUUGUGAUAACCGUUUGUCAAAUUUAUGAGUGUGACAUAUUGUGUUGUUUACUGCAUUUUUGUCUAACUUUUAUGAAUAUAAUAUUCCAUUGAUUUUAUGUAUUUGCAUAAAAUGGUUUAAUGGUCUUCUACGAUCUCAGCAAGUUAUGAUAUCAUUGCAUAGAGUAUGUAAGAAAAUAUUUACAAUAGUUUCUUACAUACCCAUAUUUAAGUCUAUCUACGGUUUAGAUAUGUGUUCUUCUUACAAUUUCAUAUGGAUAUGUUGCUUUAACUACAUGCGAAAGAGGACGAGUAAGUAUGGCAAAUAUGGAGUUUACGUGUUAACGUGCGCAAUGUUGGAUUUAUUAGAAAAUAUUGUAAAAGUUAAUGUUUAAUAUUUAAUUUUAAUGUAAAUGAGAAAACAGCAAUAAUAGAUUGAAUGAUAGUAGCAUAUCUUGUAAAUAUUGUAAUAAAGAAAAUGGAGUUAAUUAUUUAGGUUGAGAAUCAUUUUAGGAUUGACACUAAACAUGGCAUAUAUGUAAGUAAAUUACAAACUAAAUGUUACUCUCCCAGAAUGUAAAGAGAUUUUUUUAUCAAGACCAAAAAUCCAACCAAUUUAAUUUUCGUUGAACAAUAUAUACAAAUAGUCAAAUCUAACAAAUGUUUCCAAUAAUAAAAAAUUUAUAAAGCUAUAAAUAGGAAUUGUUCAUAGGAAUCACAUGCAUAAAAAAGACAAACAUAGAAGAUACACAAAACUAAAAAAAAAACAAAAGAUGGAGAAGAAGUGUAUAUGCAUGUUGAUGAUUAUGUUUAUUGCAUUGACGAUGAUGCCAUUACCAGCAAUGAGUGAAUCGUAUGAAGCUUGUUAUGAUAGGUGCAUUUCCUCGUGCCAAAUAUUUUUUGAAGGAGUUGACAAAUGUAUUCACGAUUGUGUUGGUAUCAAAUGUCAUAAAACACAUGUACUCUCUCGGAUGGCGGCUAAAGGGAUGUUUCAAGAAAUUCAUGCAUAGAGAGAUAUGUUAUUAAACACACAUGAUGUUUAAGUUUACUACUCUUUGAUUUAUAUAAUUUUGAAUAAUAAAAUUCCUUCAUCAUUUUUAGAAUUUAAUUGUUUUCAUAAUUUUGCACAUUUUUAAUUGUUGUCUUGUUUCAUAGAUCUUAUUAGUUUGCAGUCUGACUAAAUUUACAUAUAGGCAUGUAUCAUUUAGAGUUUUAGGCCAUCCAAACAUUAAAUAACUCAUUGCACCUAAUCUAAGAAUAUAAAAAACUAAGAUUUUGAUUGGUAGAAUAUGAUUUUAUUUUAGAAAGAGGCUAUAAGUUUUUGUGUUGUAGUUGUAGCUGUAAUUUCUAUUGCCAUACUUUCUAAGUUAACUUUUAGGUUGUAACUUUUAAUUAUUUAUUUAAAGCAUGAUUUGUAAAUUGAAGUUGUAGAAAGCACUCAGAUCAUCAGAUCAGUUACAAAUAACCUUCUAAAAUGCGAAAAUUAUUUUAUUUUAUGUGAUAUUGGAAAUCUUCUCUAUUAAAAUAGUAGUACAAAAAAUCUAAUACACCAAAAUCAUAGAAAGACAAUUUCAUUAAACAUUUAAUAUAACAUAUUUGAUUUUUUACAUUAAUUAAUCUAUUUCGAAAAAUAUCAAUAAGAAUAUUAAUAAAAACACUUUUAAGUAUAAAUUUAAAUUUUAUUAUAUUUACAACAAAAUCUGUUUGAUAAAGAAUCUAACAAGAUCUUACAAAAAAAUUGAAUAUUUUGAAUAAAAUAAUGUGUUAAUUAAUUAAUAAUAUAAUAUUAUUAUAAAUUAAUGAUUUUUGUCAACUAUUAUAAAUUAAUGAUAGUUAGAAUAAAAUUUAUACACUAUAUUUUAUAAAUUUUAAAAUUAUAAAAUAUUUUUUUAAAUCUAAUAUGAAAACAUAAACUAUCCAAGCAAAUAUAAUUUCUGCAAUAUAAAUAAAUAAAUUUUAAAAAUGAAUUGUAUGCAAACUGUAUAAAAGUUAUAAAAAUAAUUUACAAAUUAUUUUCUAUUUGAUUAUUUCAGAUUCUGAAAAUAUGUAUUGAUAAUUAAUAACAAAUUUUUUCUAACACCAACGAAAUAAAAUAACGGUAAAUAACGACUUCAAGCGGUAACUAAAACGGCGAUAAACUUGGUCGUUUUAGAGUUUCCGCAUACGUCGUUAGAAAUAUCAAAGAGCAGGUGAGAUUUGGUUAACCCCUUCCUCUCUACUUAUCUUCUUCAUCAAAGCUACUCCAUCUCCAUGGCUGAAGUCUUCUCGCUAUAAAUCGACAGAGAGAGAGAGACGAUUAUGCUUUAAGAAGCAACCUUUCGAUGAUUCGCCGUCUAUUCUCGUCUCUGACUCACCGAUUCGGCUGGCGGAUUCCGCUUUUCCUCUACGGCGCUACCUGGACGGCGUUUCUGACGAUCACCGUCGCGAUUAUCUCUCUCGCACCGGAGUUCGCGUUCGUGUCGGCGAUUUACCCGUCGUCUUCGUCGGUGGAGUCGUCGCGCCGCUGCGGCUCCGACGCUGCCGUUCUGGUGCCCUUGGAUAUUCCUGCGGAGGUGUUGUGUUUACCGGCGAAUCUGUUCCGGAGGUCGAAGAUGGACCUCGUUGUGCCGCCGGUAUUUGCAGCCAUAGUGGUCGCUGUCUCCGCCGUUGUGGUACGGACAAUGGGCCUUUGGGAGGAAGAAGAAGCAGCCCUUUAACGUAGGCCCAUUAUAUAAUAAUACUAUAACAUUGCAUAGACUUAUCCUCGUGGGAUAUGGGGUAUGUGCAGCAUCCUCUUGAUAUGUAAUCUCUUUAGUUUCAUUUCGAGCAAUAAUUAACAUAAAUAUUCACAGGAUAUUAUUAUAUUUAAAUUUAGCGAAUUAUAUUAUCCAGUCA